AAUCCGGGUCCGCGGCCUGGGUUGGCGGAGCAUGAGUCUGGAGCGCGAGCUCCGCGAGCUCAGCAAGGCCAAGGCCAAGGCCCAGAGGAGCGGGCAGCCGCAGGAGGAAGCCGCCCUCUGCCACCAGCUGGGGGAGCUGCUGGCCGGCCAUGGCCGUUACGCGGAGGCGCUGCGGGAACACCAGCAGGAGCUCCUGCUGCUGGAGAACGCGGGUGACCCUCUGGGCUGCGCCGUGGCCCACCGCAAGAUCGGGGAGCGGCUGGCCGAGCUGGAGGACUACAACGCUGCUUUGCAGCACCAGCACUGCUACCUGGAGCUGGCUGAGUCCCUGUCCAACCACAUCGAGCUGCAGAGGGCCUGGGCCACUAUUGGCCGCACUCACCUGGACAUCUAUGACCACUGCCAGUCCCAGGAGGCCUUGCUGCAGGCGCAGGCCGCAUUUGAGAAGAGCCUGGCCAUUGUGGAUGAGAAGUUAGAGGGGACAUUGGCACAGCGGGAGCUGAGUGAGAUGAGGACCCGGCUGUACCUCAACUUGGGGCUCACCUUCGAGAGCCAGCAGCAGGGGGCCCUUUGCAGUGAGUUCUUCAAGAAGAGCAUCUUCCUCGCAGAGCAAAAUCACCUUUAUGAGGACCUGUUCCGGGCCCGCUACAACCUGGGCGCCAUGCACUGGCGCAGGGGACAGCACUCCCAGGCCAUGCGCUGCCUGGAGGGUGCCCGGGAGUGCGCCCGAGUGCUGAGGAAGGACUGCAUGGAGAGCGACUGCUGCCUGCUCCUCUCCCAGGUGCUGCAGGACUUGGGGGAUUUCUUGGCUGCAAAGAGAGCCCUAAAGAAGGCCUACAGACUGGGCUCCCAGAAGCCUUCUCAGAAGGCAGCUGUCCGCCAGGCACUCAAGUAUGUGCUGGCAGUGGUCCGUCUGCAGCAGCAGCAGGAGGAACCCGAGGGCAGUGACCCUCAGAGUGCCAUGGGCAUCUGUGAGCAACUGGGGGACCUGUUCUCCAAGGCGGGUGACUUCCCCAAGGCAGCGGAUGCCUACCGGCAGCAGCUGCACUUGGCGAAACAGCUGAACAGACCUGGGCCUGAGCUGGCUGUCAUCCACGUGUCCCUGGCCACCACCCUGGGAGACAUGAAGGACCACAGCGGGGCUGUGUACCACUACCAGGAGGAGCUGCGACUUCGAGCCGGCAACACCCUGGAGGAGGCCAAGACAUGGCUGAACAUCGCUCUGUCCCGGGAUGAGGCGGGUGACGCCUAUGAGCUGCUGGUGCCGUGCUUCCAGGAGGCGCUGGACCGUGCUCGGCAGACCCAGAGGCCUCAGCUCCAGCGGCAGAUUCUACAGCACCUGCAUGCCGUGCAGCUGCGGCUGCACCCUCAGGAGGCUCCCUGCACCGAAGCCGAACUGCAGGGGCUGAGCGAAGAGGCCGAGGGGGAGGAGGAGGAUCAGGACGCAGACCUGGACGCAGACAGCAACAGCCUGGAGGCCAGUGAGCUGGAGCUCUCGGAGAGUGAGGAGGAAUGCGAGGGCAUGUCCCCACCCAGGCGGCAGCAGCAGGACGAGGAGGAGGAGGAGCUUCGGGCCCCCCGACAAAGGGGGAACAAGUGGAACCGGCGCAAUGAUGUGGGGGAGACACUGCUUCACCGGGCCUGCAUUGAAGGCCGGCUGGGCCGUGUCCAGGACCUCGUGAGGCAGGGUCACCCCCUGAACCCUCGGGACCACUGUGGCUGGACACCCUUGCACGAGGCGUGCAACUAUGGACACCUGGAUAUUGUGCGCUUCUUGCUGGACCAUGGAGCCUUCGUGGACGACCCCGGGGGCCCGGGUUGUGAUGGCAUCACCCCCCUGCAUGAUGCGCUCACCUGCGGGCACUUUGAAGUGGCCGAGCUGCUCAUCGGGCGGGGGGCAUCAAUCUCUGCACGGACCACGAAGGGCCACCGCCCGCUGGAGACGCUGCUGCAGUGGGUACAGCUCUAUCACCGGGAGCUGGACCGUGACACCCGCGAGAAGGCCGACGCCAUGGAGAGGCUGCUUCGCGGGGCCUCUUCAGACACAGCCCCCCACAGCUUCCCGGGUCCCCAGACCCUGCCUGACAGCUGUCUGUAUGACCCUGAGACCUCUCCUCCCCGGAGCCCUUGUCCAGGACCCCCCCGUGCCCCUCAGGGCGCCCCUAGGCCUCGGAGGAGCUGGCAGCAGCUGGCCAGGGACAGCAGCUCGGAGGGUGAGGACAGCAUGAGGCCCCUUCAGCCAGCCCGGAAGCGACAGCGGAACAAGGCCCCAGCGGUGGGGGUCCGAACAUCCGGCCGCACAGCCGCUCCAACGGCCAGUGUCAGUGUGGGCAGAGCCCCGAGCUGCUGGCCGCCUCUCCGGAGCCCCUGCGAGGCCCGUACAGCUCUGGCUGCGCUGGUCCCGGAGGAGGAGUGCCUGGCCGGGGACUGGCUGGAGGUGGAUACACCCAGCAGCCCUGGCUUCCGGGACUGUGGCUCCUCAGGGGCCAGCAGCGAUGACAGCCCUGUCAGGCCCCGGGCCCGGACGCGGCAGGGCAGAGGCACUCUGGUCACCCUGCAUGGAGACGGCAGUUUAACCUCGGGGUCUGCCGCUGGCCCAGCCUUGCAGCCCUCGGGUCCCAGCCUGCCCCCUCCCAUCCGGGUUCGGGUUCGCUUUCAGGACAACCUUUUCCUAAUCCCUGUCCCACACAGUCCUGAGGCCCAUUCUGUGGAGUGGCUGGCCAGGCAGGCUGCCCAGCGCUACCACCAGGCAUGUGGGCUGCUGCCACGGCUCACGCUGCGGAAGGAGGGUGCCCUGCUGGCCCCUCAGGACCCCAUCCCUGACGUGCUGCAAAGCAACGAGGAGGUGUUGGCUGAGGUGACUUCAUGGGACCUUCCUCCCCUGAGUGAACGCUACCGCCGGGCCUGCCAGAGCCUGGAGCAAGGAGAGCACCAGCAGGUGCUUCAGGCCACAGAGCGCCAGGGCUUGGCUCCCACCUUCAGCGCCUGCAGCCUGGCCCUGCGCCAGGCCCAGCUCACCCCCCUCCUGCGGGCACUCAAACUGCAUGCCACACUCCGGGAGCUGCGCCUGUCAGGGAACCGACUCGGGGACACCUGCACUCCCGAGCUGCUGGCCACUCUGGGCACCGUGCCCAGCCUGACCCUUCUUGACCUGUCAUCCAACCACCUGGGCCCUGAGGGCCUACGUCAGCUCGCCGAUGGCCUUCGGGGCAUGGCGUCCUCACAGAGCCUCGAGGAACUGGACCUGAGCAUGAACCCCCUAGGAGACGGCUGUGGUCCUGCCCUGGCCUCCAUCCUCCGGGCCUGCCCUGCGCUCAGCACUCUGCAUCUCCAGGCCUGUGGUUUGGGCCCCCACCUCUUCCUGCGCCAUCAGGCAGCCCUGGGAAGUGCUUUCCAAGAUGCUCAGUGCCUGAAGACACUGUCACUGUCCUACAAUGCCCUGGGCCCUACGGCACUGACCCGGAUGCUGCAGAGCCUGCCCGCCAGCAGCCUUCUGCACCUGGACCUCAGCUGUGUGCUGGGCAGUCCUCACGACUCGGGCCUUAUGGAGCCAGUGGCUGUGUACCUGACAAAGGAAGGCUGUGCCCUGGCACACCUGAGCCUGUCUGCAAACCACCUGGACGAUGAAGCUGUGGGAGCCCUGAGCAGGUGUCUCCCCAAGUGCCUCUCGCUCUUCUCCCUGGACCUGUCUGUCAACCCCAGGAUCAGCCACACUGGCUUGAAGCAGCUCCUGUCUGCCCUGCAGGAGCGGUCCCACGGGCUCCGCUUCUUGGGCCUGUCCGGCUGCUCCGUCCAGGGGCCCCUGGGCCCUGGCCUGUGGGCCCAGAUGACCGCGCAGCUGCAGGAGCUGCAGCUGUGCAGCCGUCACCUCUCUGCCGAGGACCGCGACACUCUGCGACAGCUGCUGCCGCCAGGCGCCGGCGCAUGUGCGCUGGACUGCGCCCACAAGCUCUUCUUCCGGCGCCUCUGA